GGGGAGGGACAAACGAUGGAAUCCUCGGCCUCGGAUUGUACAUGGUCCGGUGGGACCGCCACAUCCAACGGUCGAGUUUUUGUGAACAGUCCCGAUUGUGGCGUGGCGUGGGGACACGUGAGACACAGAGUGACGAGGGCCCACGAGGUGAUGACUUCUCUCUCUCCUUGUCCCCACGACCCCACCCCUGGGUCCCACCUCACCAUCUCGAUCUUCGCAACGGCACUCCCCUCUUCUUCCUCCUCCUUUUUAUCACUCGCUCGCUCACUUCCACUCGCUCCCACCAACUCGCUCGCUCGUUCGCCAGACAGAAGAAACAGAGGAGAGGCAUUCGCUCCUCCUCUCUAUACUCUCUCUUCCUCUGUUUCUCCUCCGAAGAACCACCAACGCAUUAUGGAGCGUCUUCCUCUUUCCUCCUCCUUCUUCUGCUUCUUACUUCUCUCUGUUCUCUGUCUUGCAGAUGGUGGUUCCAUCGGAGUGAACUACGGGCGGGUGGCCAACAACCUGCCGUCGGCCUCCAAGGUGGUGCAGCUCCUCAAGUCGCAGGGCAUCGAGAAGGUGAAGAUCUACGACGCCGACCCCGCCGUCCUCCACGCCUUCGCCGGCUCCGGCAUCAGGCUCACCGUCGACCUCCCCAACGAGCUCCUCUUCGCCGCGGCCCGCAGCCUCUCCUACUCCCUCGUCUGGGUCCAGCGCAACGUCGCCGCCUACCACCCCGCCACCCAGAUCGAGGCCAUCGCCGUCGGCAACGAGGUCUUCGUCGACCCGCGCAACACCACCAAGUUCCUCGUCCCCGCCAUGAAGAACAUCCACACCGCCCUCGUCAAGUACAACCUCCACAACGCCAUCAAGAUCUCCUCGCCCAUCGCCCUCAGCGCCUUGCAGGCCUCCUACCCUUCCUCAGCCGGUUCGUUCCGGCCCGAGCUCAUCGAACCGGUGUUCAAGCCCAUGCUUGAGUUCCUCCGCCAGACCGGUUCGUACCUCAUGGUUAACGCCUACCCCUUCUUCGCCUACGAGUCCAACUCCGACGUCAUCUCCAUGGACUACGCCCUCUUCCGAGAGAACCCGGGCGUUGUCGACGCCGGCAACGGGCUGCGCUACUUCAGCCUCUUUGACGCCCAGAUCGACGCCGUCUUCGCCGCCAUGUCUGCCCUCAAGUACGACGACAUCAAGAUGGUCGUCACCGAGACGGGCUGGCCCUCCAAGGGCGACGAGAACGAGGUCGGCGCGAGCAAGGACAAUGCUGCCGCCUACAACGGCAACCUCGUCCGCCGGAUCCUCACCGGCGGCGGCACACCCCGGAGGCCGCAGGCCGACCUCACGGUCUACCUGUUCGCGCUCUUCAACGAGAACAAGAAGCCCGGCCCCUCGUCGGAGCAGAACUACGGCCUCUUCUACCCGAACGAGGACAAGGUCUACGACAUACCCUUCACCGUGGAGGGGCUCAAGAACUACCACGACAGCGGGAAGUCGACGCCGGCGAGCGGCGGGCAGAGGACGGUCGCGGCGCCGGUGAGGGGCGGAGGGGGAGUGUCGAAGAGCUCAUCGGGGCCGAACACGUGGUGCGUGGCCAGCGGCGAGGCCGGGAAGGAGAAGCUGCAGGCGGCACUGGACUUCGCGUGCGGGGAGGGAAGGGCGGACUGCCGGCCGAUCCAGCCCGGGUCGACGUGCUACGACCCGAACACGGUGGAGGCGCACGCGUCGUACGCGUUCAACAGCUACUACCAGAAGAUGGGUCGGGGGUUCUGGACCUGCGACUUCGGUGGGGCCGCCUCCAUCGUAUCCCAGCCUCCCAAGUUUGGGAAAUGCGAGUUCCCCACGGGAUACUGAAGCCGGUCCCGAUGAUGGAUGGAUGGAUGGUGAUGAGGUCAAGGGCCUUAGGGAUCAAAUUGUUAUUUUCAGCUUUUGGUAGGGGGGUUUAAAUGUAGAAUCCUACAAUUUUUUUUUUAUUGGUGGGUCUCUGUGCUUUGUAUCUAAUCCCUAGAGUUGUUGAAAAAGUUCAAAAAAAAAAUAUAAAAAAAUCUUCCACUAGUUGUAGCUUUUGUCCA